AAAUUGAAAAGCAUAUAAAAACCAUCUCUUCUAACAUUCCUUCAAGCAAGCUUAGAAAAUAAUGAAGAAAGUAGUGGUGAAGAUGGACUUACAUGAUGAUAAGAUCAAGAGAAAAGCUAUGAAGACAGCAUCUGGCCUAUCUGGGAUUGAAUCAGUUUCUGUUGACUUGAAAAACAUGAAAUUGGUGCUAUUGGGUGAGAUUGAUCCAGUAAGUGCAGUGUCGAAGCUACGAAAAUGGUGUCACACAGAAUUAAUUUCAGUUGGACCAGCAAAAGAGGAGAAAGAGAAAGAGAAAGUGGAUCCACCAAAAGUAGCUGUUCCUGUUUACGAAAACUAUCCCUUCUAUUAUUAUCCUUAUCAUAUGGUACCACCACUGUAUAAUUAAAAUUAAUUAAUAGAUUACAUGUUUUGAAGAUAAUCCUAUACAUAUACUUGAUGUGUGUAGGCAAUUAAAUUUUAGAAUAUUACAAAGUUUGAUGGAAAGUAAUCCUUUUUGUGGUCUGGUAGACUCAGACCAUUGUGUGUCCAAGGGUGAUAAGUGUGUGUGAUUGGACUCUGCCAUUUUGUAACAAAUUUUUUAUGUGUUGAUCAUCAUGAAUAAGAUUGGAGCAGAAAAUAUUUUCUUUUUAA